AGAGAAUAUCAGAGAGAUGACCGUCCGUAUCCGACAAAGACCCUCCUACCUCCCUAGCGUGGGAGUCGGAAAUCAGAAGUUAUUCGAGCGACAUUUGGAGUCAGAUGAUAUGCAAGUGUUUGAGGUCUAGUAUCUUGUGCCGCAUCAAAUAUUUUCACCAACCAUACGUUGACGUCCACACUUACCAUCAUGUUCACUUCCCGCUUCAUCACCUUCGCGCUGCUCAGCUUCCUCGCUGGUGCCAAUGCGCAUACAUGUGCAACGUGCCCAGCCAAUGUCAAGCUGUUUGGCAGCGGUGCUCUCGCGAGGCUAAUCAAGACCGUCCAAGACAAGCCCAAUUGGCACACAAUAUGCACGUGCGUUGCAUCUGCACAUUGAUCUUCAUCGAACAAAUUACCUGUGUGUAUAACGGCGUAAGUGCUUUCUGGAUAUUGUGCAGCUCAUCGUUCUCGGUUAACAUGCUAGCGAUCAUCAGUACGGCGGCCAGAUCGUUAGUGGGUAUCCUGCUUGUCCGCAAACAGCACCACCUGUGAAGAACUGCUGAAUGUGAUGUGAAGAAGUGGGGGAGACGAGACACCCAACAGGAGGAGCAAUGUUCAGCUGGGUGUAUGUCAGUAGGUCACUAUCUGUUACGAGAAUUGCCAAAUAGUCCAUCAGCAAAAGACCCAGCUUUCUUGCUUGUCAGAAAGAAAUUUG